UUUGGAAACAUAUUUCCAGCGUGAUAGAUUUUAGUAGGUCAGCAUGCACACCCAAUUGUAUUAAGGUGGACUGCGCUAUUUAUUGAUUUUUCCGUGCAUCUGCUAAGGGCUCAAGGCAAUUGUCUGCGGAAGGGGCGGGAGGCCCAUACAUGAUCGAGGUCAUGCGCAUCCAGCCAAUUUGUAAGCUGAUCCGCCGCCCAAAGCCAUCAGCAAUCCUUAGCAUAGGGGCACACUCAUGCAUUCCUGUCAAGCCGUCUUGUGAAAGGCUGCCUGCUUCCAGCUUGGCUUGGAUGUGCAACCUUAAUAAAACUCACUGAGGUCUGGGAGAAAAUAGCAGAUCUGCUGCAGAUAGGGUAGAGGAAAGGGGCUAGAAUAUGUACGCGCAGCUGACUCAGGCAGCCUCCAAGCUGAACGGUUACACAGAGAGGAAACAAUAAAUCUCAGCUACUAUGCAAUAAAUAUCUCAAGUUUUAACGAAGGAAACUAUCAUUACAGUAAAAUAAAAAAAAAAAAGUAACAUUUUAGAACAAAGCUAACAACAAAUGGCUAGUUUUCUGUGGAUCUUCUUCAAACGUUUUCUUUAAAGGGGAAAGAGUCAAACAAGCAGUUUUACCUGAAAUAAAGAACUAGUUUAAAGGUCAGAAGAGAAGAGCCAGCUUUGCAGGAGGCACGGAAGGCGAGCGCUGGCAGUACAAUGACAGUUUUUCUUUCCUUUGCAUUCUUCGCUGCCAUUCUGACUCACAUAGGGUGCAGCAACCAGCGCCGAAAUCCAGAAAACGGAGGGAGAAGAUAUAACCGGAUUCAACAUGGGCAAUGUGCCUACACUUUCAUUCUUCCAGAACACGACGGGAACUGCCGUGAGAGUGCGACAGAGCAGUACAACACGAACGCUCUGCAGAGGGAUGCUCCACACGUGGAGCCGGAUUUCUCUUCCCAGAAACUUCAGCAUCUGGAGCAUGUGAUGGAAAAUUAUACUCAGUGGCUGCAAAAACUUGAGAAUUACAUUGUGGAAAAUAUGAAGUCGGAGAUGGCCCAGAUACAACAGAAUGCGGUUCAAAACCACACGGCCACCAUGCUUGAGAUAGGAACCAGCCUCCUGUCUCAGACUGCAGAGCAGACCCGAAAACUGACAGAUGUUGAGACCCAGGUACUAAACCAAACAUCUCGACUUGAAAUACAACUACUGGAGAAUUCAUUAUCAACCUACAAGCUAGAGAAGCAACUUCUCCAACAGACGAACGAAAUUCUGAAGAUUCAUGAAAAGAACAGUUUAUUAGAACAUAAAAUUUUAGAAAUGGAGGGAAAACACAAAGAAGAAUUGGACACUUUGAAGGAAGAGAAGGAAAACCUUCAAGGUUUGGUUACCCGUCAAACCUUCAUCAUCCAGGAGUUAGAGAAGCAACUGAGCAGAGCCACCAACAACAACAGCGUUCUCCAGAAGCAACAGCUGGAACUCAUGGACACGGUCCACAACCUCGUCAGCCUUUGCACUAAAGAAGGUGUUUUGCUAAAGGGAGGAAAAAGGGAAGAAGAGAAACCAUUUCGAGACUGUGCAGAUGUAUAUCAAGCUGGUUUUAAUAAGAGUGGAAUCUACACUAUUUAUUUUAAUAAUAUGCCAGAACCCAAAAAGGUAUUUUGCAAUAUGGAUGUGAAUGGGGGAGGUUGGACUGUAAUCCAACACCGUGAAGAUGGAAGUCUGGAUUUCCAAAGGGGCUGGAAAGAAUAUAAAAUGGGCUUUGGGAAUCCCUCUGGUGAAUAUUGGCUGGGGAAUGAGUUUAUUUUUGCCAUAACCAGUCAGAGGCAGUAUAUGCUGAGGAUCGAGCUGAUGGACUGGGAAGGGAACCGAGCCUACUCACAGUACGACAGAUUCCACAUAGGAAACGAAAAGCAGAACUACAGGUUAUAUUUAAAGGGUCACACGGGGACAGCAGGCAAACAGAGCAGCCUGAUCCUUCACGGGGCUGAUUUCAGCACGAAGGAUGCGGAUAACGACAACUGUAUGUGCAAAUGCGCCCUCAUGCUAACAGGAGGUUGGUGGUUUGAUGCCUGCGGCCCCUCCAAUCUAAAUGGGAUGUUCUACACUGCAGGACAAAAUCACGGAAAACUGAAUGGGAUAAAGUGGCACUAUUUCAAAGGACCCAGUUACUCCUUACGUUCCACAACCAUGAUGAUCCGGCCCUUGGAUUUUUGAAAGCACCAUGCCAGGAUUAGGAAUCUGCAAAGAACUCUGGGGAUGCUCCCUGAGGAGAAGUUUUUUUUGGAAGCUUCAGAAGCAAACAGCAUUGUCUCCCUUCCAGCAGCAAGUGGUUCUGUGAUGUCACCAAGGUUCUUGACUAUGGAUUUAGAGCCUUCUGAGUUCCAGAAAGUCUCCACUUGGGUCACUGGGUUCUAGUGAAUCGUUUCCAGAGAACGCCACUCACUGUCAUGCUUUAAAAAGGGAGGAAACUGCUCAGCUCGCUGCACUUCAAAGUGCUACUGGAUCAUAUUUUGAACCUAUAACACCCUGAUGAUAAAUGCAGCUUGUUUCAUGUAAAACCAAAUGAAGAAUAAACAGCAAAGAACAUACAUGAAAAAAAAAUAAUAGAGCAGGCCUGCCCGAUCUGUUGACGACAGAUUGCAGUGGUGAAGUGGUGUCAUUCUAGGAAAUCUUGCUAACACAUAACAUAGAUGUCACCGCACAAAUGUGACACAAAGAACAGCCUUGUCCUCUGAAUUGGCUAAAAGUUAGUUGGCUUCAGAAGCCCUUUUCAAGUAUCAUACUUACUAGUUGAUUUCAGUUUUCCCGCGUUCAAGUGUAAAUGCCGUCCUUGAAAGUCAUGCUACAACGCAGUACAUGGAGGGUAAUAGUGAGAGGUAGGAAGGUGCCCAAGGUCUCUGAGUUUGGGGGAUACCAUUUUCAGAAGAGUUAAAAUAUACCAAGAAUGGAUACAGCAGGUAAAAAUUACUCUCAUGCUACAGUAUUCAUUUACAUUGAAAAUUGAUUUGCUGAUAUGCAAAUAUGUUUAGAGCCUGAGUAUAUAUAAAAAUGUAAACUUUAUUAUCCGGUUUCUAAAGCAGCAUGCAUGCAGUCAAUGGUCUCCUUGAUGGUAUAUAGGAAAGCAGUAUGUGGAGUACUUCAGUUGGACAGCCCAUUGUACAGAUCUUCUGACAUGUAUUUGCAUAUCUAUGGCAUCAUUAUUUUUAAAAUGUUUUAAAAGGUCUUUAAUUCUUCAUCCAGAUAUUUUGUGCUAAUUUAAUUUUUUUGUUAAUUAACUGCAGUGUACUUACAAAAAGCAUCCUGCUCCAGUUCUUUACAAAAGUUACACUUUGAAGUCUAAAAAGAAUGGAAGAAUUUUAAAUAUUGUUGUACAUAGCACAUUAGACUCUUCCAUGUUAAACUCAAUACCUGUUUAAUCUGGAAUAUAUAAUGUUGUCUUCAACUGAUGAGUAUAAAUAUGAGUGUUCAAAGACAUUUACUAUACUACUUGAUUAAAUAUAUAACUCUUCGCAUUAUUUUUAUCUCCUUCAGGCUCUGUUUCUUCAAGAAAUUUGUAUCUUGUAAAAUAAUAUUAGUGGAGAAAAUUGGCAUAACUCCUUAUAUAUGAGAGAUAUAAAAACAUCACUGUCAUUUGACUAGGAAACUUCUGAUUGUUAGCUGCUAUAAGUGCCUUAGUUAAGAUGUCUUUAUGUUUAUGGCAAAAUCUAUUGUAGUUUUGGACACAUGUUUUUGUGACAACUUGAUGUUACUGCAGUAUUCUUUCAAGAAGUGCUCUUUGUCUACAAAUGGUCAAGGUUACAUUAGAAAAAAAUGUAAUCCAACAUGAUUUACUAUGAAAUGAGAAAACUAAAAUACACAGCAGUUCUGCUUUCUCAGAAAAGAAAGAUUUUCUGUGAAAUACAAAUUUCAAAAUACCAGUCUUGGUAAUUGCAUCCAUAAUGCCUUACUGGCUUUCCUCCAUCAGGGAGAAUAAAGCUAUUCAUGGUUUUAAGAAAAAGGUUUUUCAGUGUUUACCAUCAAGUCUUUCUUAUAUUUAUAUGUCUGUAUGAAAUACUGUUUUUGCCUUACAAGUGGUAUGUUCAGGAAUUACAGAGUUUUUCUAACAUUAGUGACUCCCUCAGAGCUCUCUUAAGCCUCUCGCUCUAAAAUCCUUGUUUUCAUUUAGGUGAAGGAAAAAGAAUAUUUUUGUGGUUCUGUUUGUUCUUGUUGUUCCCACAGAUGUUUUAAAACCAGUCUUGGAUUAGGUAUACUGUUUUUCAAUCCAUAUUACAAAAAUAAAGUGAAAUAAUGAGAAAAAAGCACAGUAUUUACUGUUUUUCUAUUUGGAUUUGAGAAAUGAGAUAUUGUUUCCAAUUAUUUAUAAUAAAGCAGUAUAAAUGUUUAGUGUCUCCAUUGUGUACAUUGUAUAAUGCCAACAUGUCUGUAGCAAUUUGACUUGCAUAGCUUUUGCAUUUAAUUAUUUCAGGAUAAAAUAAUUAGAUACUAGAAUUUUGUCUUUCAAUUUCUAUUUCAAUAAAAGUUGUGUGGUUUCUAUGAAAAUCUCUUCAUAACAGUUACAACAUUAUUUGUUUUAAAUAAAAUUGAAAAUAAUG